CUCUAUCGAUUAAAGGUAAAAUGAUGAUAUCAGGACACAAACUGUGUGUAAGCACAUAGCACACGAUCCUUUUAUUUUUAUUGACAUGCAACAUGUACAUGUUAACUCAGAUAAGAUGAUUGACCUUAUGUGGGCGCAAAUUAGAACUAUGUAUCGGACUUCAGUACUUGCCACUCAGCUGUUCAGAUAAACAAUAUGGUGAAUAUCGCAGUGCUCGGAGCUGGAGUAGUAGGAUUGUCAACAGCCAUAAAUAUCAAGAAGUUACUUCCUUCUGCUAAAGUGACAGUAAUAGCUGAUCGAUUCAAUAGUGAAACGACAAGUUAUGGAGCGGGAGGACUUUUUCGUCCUACAAUGAAACAUAUUCCAGGCCUUCCAAUAGAUUUACUAAGGAGAUGGAUAGCAGAUUCAUGGGAAUGGUUUUCCAAUAUGACUUUGACAGAUAUGGCAGCAGAAACUGGUUGUCAGCUAGUUCCUGGCUACUUCUUCUCAAAUGAAAUUCUUACCAAUGAAUUAUUUGCUGAGUUUGUCUAUUCCUAUGCCAAAAUGACUGAUACUGAACUCAAAGCAAUGAGAAUGGACAAAAAGUACAAACAUGGCUAUCAUGUGACGACAGUAAUAAUCUGUUGUACGCGUUAUAUACCUUGGUUGAUGAACAAGUGGUUAGAGAAUGGCGGAAUAAUUGAGAGUAAAACCAUUGACGAUUUUAACCAGCUUGCAGAUGUAUAUGACGUUGUUGUGAACUGUACAGGGUUAAGAAGUAAGACAUUGAUUAAAGAUGACACAGUCUAUCCAAGUCGAGGACAUUUAAUUAGGGUAAAAGCUGAUUGGAUAAAGUGCUGGAUGUCUACAGAGGAUGGUGCUUAUAUUAUUCCAAAUGGUGAUGUCAUAAGUAUCGGUGGUACCAGACAAAAGGAUAACUAUAACCUGGACAUCGACAAAACAGAUAGUAAAGGUGUCAUGGACAGGUGUCUCGAUCUAUGGCCACCAUUAAAGGGAUGUACUGUAGUAGAGGAGUGGGUUGGGUUGAGACCUUCUAGAUCACCACUUCGACUGGAGCCAGAAAUCGUAAAGACAAAUAAAGGACCACUGAAGGUAGUACACAAUUAUGGACACGGUUCAAAUGGAAUAGCAUUGAGUUGGGGUACAGGCAUACAUGCUGCCAAAUUAGUGAAAGACAUGAUGGAAUCGCAUUCUAGGAUAUGAUAAUGGAAAUAUAUCUGAUAAACUUUUAGCAGUUGAGUAGUAAAUUGUGCAGUUCACAUACAUAUUAACUGUACAAAAACAAUAUUUUAAAAUGGUAUCUUACACAGAUUGAUAUAUGAAAAUACAUUGCAGGAUGAAAACUCGGAUGGAUAGUUCGCUUUUUUUUUUAAAAAGGAUACAUGACAAUAGAAAAAAGUGUCUGAAGUGCCCCAGGAAUACUAAAAACCAGUAACGUUCAUUAACUCUCAUUACAACUUUUAAAGAAAAUCUUGUUUAACCCUCCACGUAUAGCAUAUUGUUAUUAAUUGGGCAUUAAACUAUAUUUCAGGAACCGCGA